AAAGAAGAAGAAGUCACGCUGUUUUUCCCUUUGAAAGCUUACAGGCUAAGUAGUAGCGGCUGCUUAGCUAGCAAGCGGCUAAACAAGUGGCCGAUGCUUCCCAGUGUCUCCCGCUGCACUCGGCCCAUCUACCUCUCUGUAGCUCGGCCUCUGGCUCACUUCAGACCCCCCAUGGACCCGGACCCUAACCGACCCGUUGAAACAACCAUCAGAACCAAACUGACAGAAACGUUUAAGCCUGACCAUUUGGAGGUCCACAACGAGAGCCACAUGCACGCGGUUCCCCCCGGAUCCGAGUCCCACUUCCGAGUCCUGGUGGUCAGCGCGCAGUUUGUGGGUCUGCCGCUGAUUCAGCGCCACCGUCUGGUCAAUGAGGCGCUGAAGGAGGAACUGAGUAGCUGUGUUCAUGCGUUGGCCAUCCAGGCGAAAACCCCUGAGCAGUGGGGCGCGGACCCCGCUCUGGGCAAGAGCCCGCCCUGCAUGGGGGGUUCGAAAAACGACCGCACUGUGGAGGAGAAGCUGAAGGCUGGGCGGGAAUGAAGCUCUGGACUCUCACAAGCUGCUCUUUGGUUUUAUCUGCUCUGAAGGUAAAAUGAUUGAAUCUGCCAUGAUUUCCCUGAUGUUGGUGUAAAACUGAGUGCAGAUGAGAAUAAUCAGGUUGGUCUCCUGUGCUUUUCUGCUGCUGAAUGUAAAUAAAAGUGAUUUCUGAGAUUCA